AGUUGGUUCGAAUUAUUUAACGUGUAGCAUAUAAUUUGACAAUGGCGUCGAAACAUUUGAAAUGUGUUUGUUUUGUGAAAUUAAAGUGAUGAUCUACGUUGAAACCUUACCCGGUUCUUUCUAAUAUUCGCUAUUCAUAGCGUUUAAUGAAGAAUACAUUCAUGCAUCACCAUCUGAUUCAUUUUAACAUGAUGAAAAAAUUCUUAAAUAAUUCCUUAUAAUUUUGUGUUACGUGAGGAUGAAACAGAACAGUUCUGCUUCUGAUUAGUUUCCUUUUAUUGUCAUGUUGUAACUUAAUAAGUUCUAUGUGCUUAUUCGAAAUAAUUUUUUAUGAUGAAAUAAGUAAAGUAUCAUAUAUCGAAUUGUCGAUGUAAAUAAAGUGAUGACACACUUAUUCACCAAGAUCUCUGAUAUUCUGAAUUAAUCAAGAAAAAUUAAACGUUAUGAUUUGUCAACUCUCCUGUUCUUUAUAAAGUUUCAAACAACAUGGUCAAUUCACCUUUAUUAAAUAAUCAUGACCUUACAACUACGAUAGAAGAUAAUACUAAAGAUGAUGUACCAGUGGUUGAUAAACCAGAAGUGUCUGGAGACACUGAUAGCUCCGAGGAUGAUUUUGGUCCUUUACCUCAACAAGCUUCAGUGCAAAGGAAAAGAGAUAGAGCGCUUCCAAAUGAAGACGUUUUACUUUUAAACAUACCGAGAGCAUCAAUGUAUGAAAAAUCGUAUAUGCACUGGGGAGUUUGCACUCACGUUUUGGUAGCCACAAAUACAAUUAUGACCGGAUCAGUGGAUGGGUACAUCAAAUUUUGGAAGAAGGAACCUACUGGCCUACUUUUUUUAAAACAAUAUCGAGCCCAUACAGGAUCCUUGAUUGAUAUGUGUGUAUCAUGGGAUGGCUACCAUUUUUGUAGCGUUGGAUUGGAUGAUUGCCCUUUACAAACAUCUGGUCAAUUUACAAAGUAUAUGUUGAAAUUAUUUGAUGUCUUUAGUUGUGAUAUGAUGUGUAUGGUGGAACUUGAUUUCAAACCUUCUUUAUGUGAAUUUGUUCAUAAAAGUGAUUCACCCGCACCUAUUGUCGCUGUAGUACAAGAGGAAAAACCCUUGGUUCAUCUAAUUUCAACGUUUGAUAAGUCGAGUCGUAUCUGGGAUAAAUUCACGCCAUCUCCAAUUGUUGCUAUAAAGUAUUGCUCUCCAUUGAAUAUUGUUUUAACAGCAACAAAAUCGGGGUCUUUAACUUUUUGGCACCCUGAUACCUUACGGUUUGCAUCCCCAGAGUCCACAAUGAAUGGAUUAAAAUUUAAAACUUUAGGGGAAACCAGUUUUUUUGAUAUUUACAAGUUUAAAACAUAUAUAGUUGCUAUAGCAAUAACGCGCGAUGCGAAGAUUUUAGCAUGUCUAUGUGCGGAUGGGAUUGUGCGUCUUUUUAGACUUACCACUGGUAAAUUAAUCCGAUGUUAUGAUGAAUCCUUAGAGAUGUUUACAACGGCGCAAACAGAUCCUUUAAUGCUGCCAUUAAAAUUAGACAGAUUUGAUUUUGAGCGUCGUCAUGCUGUUGAAACUGAAUUACGACAGUUCUCUGUUUUUGAACGGCAAACCAUAACGUUUGAUGAGAGCGGCUCGUUCCUUUUAGUACCGACGCUUGUUGGCGUUAAAGUCAUUAAUAUCGUUACUAACAAAUUAGCACGUAUACUAGGAAAGCCUGAAACUGAAAGACCUAUACGUGUUGCCUUGCUGCAAGGAAUUCCUGAAAAAAAAAGGAUACGAGGAGCUAUGUUUUCUGAUAAUUUUGAAGAAGACGAAAAACAGCGCAAGGCACUGUUUGAUCCUUUAGUCCUCACCACAGGUUACAAAAAAUGCAGAUUUUAUUGUUAUACUAAUCGAGAACCGGAUACGACAUCCCAAGAAUCACGUGAUAUUUUGAAUGAAAUGCCAACAAAAAGUGAAAUGCAAAGAGCGGUUGCUUCAUUAGCAUGGACAGGUGGUGAAACUGAGAAAGCUUUAUUAGCAUCCCAAGCUACCAUUCACACAACAAUGGGUGACAUUGUCAUCAAGCUUUUUUAUUUAGAGGUUCCAAAAACUGUUGAAAACUUUGUUGGAUUAUCUCGUAAAAGAUACUACGAUGGACUAAUCUUUCAUAGAGUCAUCAAAAAUUUCAUGAUUCAAACAGGUGAUCCGAACGGAGACGGAACAGGAGGAGUAUCAUUGUGGGGGGGUGAAUUUGAGGACGAAUUUCAUAAAAGCCUUAAACAUGAUCGGCCAUUUACUGUUUCUAUGGCUAAUGCCGGGCCCAAUACAAAUGGCUCUCAAUUUUUUAUUACAACAGUACCGACCCCUUUUCUUGACAACAAACAUUCAGUUUUUGGACGCGUCAUUAAGGGGAUGGACGUUGUCACGCUCAUCGAAUCAGUUCGAACUGAUAAUGAGGAUAAACCCUUAAAAGAAAUACGUGUUUCUACUAUAUCUGUUUCUAAUAAUCAAAACAAUGUUUACACAUAGUUUUUUGUAUUUGAUGGAUUUAGUAUAUAACCCAGCACAUAUGUUUAUGACCUUAGUGAAAGUCCGAUAUAGUUACUGCUACACUGUGACUAAAGUGACGCGUUUAAAUUUUAUUAUUGUUUGAUUAAUGACGAAGUAUACUCGAUGUUGUUAGUAAAAACGAUCUAUCAUCAUUAAAAAAAAUAACAUUACAAUUAAAAAAAAAUUUUUACAUAUAAAUUCAUGUCCGACUCUAAUCAUUGUCAAGAAAUGCGUGAGUAACAAAAUUGGAUUACACAAUGCUCAAAUACAAUUUCUUUUAUAUUUUAUGGUUCUAAAUAACGAUUGUUUUUAAUCAGCUUCUUCAUAUCUUAUAACACAAGACUUGGGAGACCUUUCAAGUACGACACUAAAAAAUUUAUUGCUACUAAAACAAUCAUUGCUUUAUUUCAAAGACGCUCCACCCAGUUUUUCUUCAGUUAAUGACGAUGCUUCUAAUCUAAUCGGUACAUUAGUAGAGAGAAAAAAAGAAUAUUAACUUCAAUUUUUACUAAAUCUUUUUUGGAAUUCCGUAGACGUAUGUCAGACCCAUAAAGAAGAUUCAAACAAUGCACCCAUUAAUGCAACAGUACUAUUAAGGUAAAAAAUUAUUUUUUCAAACUUUUACCUUCUCAGGUAGCAUUGUUCGAAAAACAUGCUCAUACAUUAAUGAGUGGAUAUGAUACUCUUGAUUCCCCGUUAAAUAUUUGUGUUGACAUCCAUACAGUUCAAUUUCCUUGCCAAGAGUAUAAUUCUAAGUAUUUUUGCACAGAAUCUGGAAACAAAAUUUCUUUAAAUGCUAUUUUAAAUGAAACUCGAAAUAUUUUGAUCCAAGGUUGUGUAAGUCUUUAUAGAAUCUUGAUUUUACAAUGGAUUUUUCUAAUUUUCUUUUUUUAUUUUUAAGUCCCUUAUAAGUACGAAUGUCGUUUUAAGAGGUGAUGCCGGUACCUUACACUUAGGAAAAUAUGUUAUCAUAGGGGAAAGCUCUUGUUUAUUGCCAUCUCGGUCGGAAAUAACAACGUAAGAGUGAAAUUAUGUUUAUUCCUUAAUUUAAAUUGAACGUUUUGUUUUACAAGUUCCAUACCAAUGAAAAUAGGCGAUUACACCAUUAUUGGAAAAAAUUGUGUUAUUAAGGCCACUACCAUAGAGAACGGUGUUAUUAUAUCAAAUAACAGUGUCAUUGUAAAGUUGCAUUUUUUUCCGAUAAACUCCUAUUUUGUCUUCAAUCAGGGGGAACGUUGUAUUUUAAAAAGUCAUAGCGUUAUUUUACCAAGUAAUUCAUAAUGGUUCAAAUUAUACAAACAAACACCUUUCGCUUAAGAUUCCGUUGUACCUUCGGAUACGACGAUUCCUGCCUUGACCAUGUUCGGAGGCGUACCCGGUAAUUGUUUUAAAUAUUGUUAGGUGUUUAAUUUUUUUGUGUUUUGGUUUGUUUUUUCUAGCUCGAUUUAUUGGAGAUAUUUCUGAAUCUGCUACUAUAACUCAUAAA